AAAAUCAUUAAAUACUUUGUCUUAUUUAUAUAUCUAACUUUUUUUAUUUAAAUAUUUAAAUUUAAAUAGUUGCUUUUAUUUGUAUAGAUUUUAAAAAAAAUAAAAUUAAAAUGACCAAAGUUGAAACUAUUGAAAUUCCAAGAAGAAAAAAAGAAGCUAAUGAUUUAGCACCAACCAAAGCUUCUCAAACUCAACCAGAUAAUGCAGCAAAAGAAACCAAUGAUAUUGACCCAUCAACUUUAACUAAAGAAGAGUGCAUAGCAAAAUCUGAUGAGUUUAAAGGAAAAGCAAAUAAAUAUUUUGCUGAACAAAAAUAUGAUUUAGCAACAGAACUAUACACAAAAGCAAUUAAAUAUUACCCAACAGCUAUAUUAUAUUCAAACAGAGCUUUUUCAAAUUUCAAAAGAGAAUAUUAUGUUAAUGCACUUCAAGAUGCAACAAUUUCACAUCAAAUGGAUCCAAACUAUAUCAAAGCAUAUUAUCGUUUAGGUAGCGCACAUUUAGCAUUAGGCAAUUAUAACGAAGCAAAAAAAAACUUUAAAGAGCUUUUAAACAAAGAACCAAAAGAAAAGGAUGCAAAAAUUAAAUUUAAUCUUUGUAAUAGUUUAAUCAAUGCCAAACUUUUUGAAGAUGCAAUUUUAGUUACCUCAGAAAGUCACUUCGGACAAUUAGACCUCGAAUCAAUGGCUGUUGAAGAUUCAUAUAAAGGACCACGUUUUGACGGAGAAAAAAUUACAAAAGAAUUUGUUUUUGAAAUGGUAGAAUAUAUGAAACAACAAAAGCUUCCACACAAGAAAUAUGUUUGCAAGAUUUUAAAACAAUCAUUCGAAAUCAUGAAGUCUUUACCAACUUUAGUAGAUAUUGAUCACGAUACAACAAUGAAAAUUACAGUUUGUGGUGAUACCCAUGGUCAAUAUUACGAUUUAUUAAAUAUUUUCGAAAUCAAUGGUUUUCCAUCAGAGGACAAACCAUAUCUUUUCAAUGGUGAUUUUGUAGAUCGUGGCAGUUUUAGUUUCGAAAUUAUUAUUUGUUUAUUAGCAUUCAAAUUACUCUAUCCAAAUCACAUGCAUCUCACUCGUGGUAAUCACGAAUCAGUUGAUAUGAACCGUUUCUAUGGUUUCCAAGGUGAGGUUGUUGCUAAAUACAGUGAAAUGGUAUACGAUUUAUUUUCCGAAUUAUUUUUAUGGUUCCCAUUAGCCUUUGUUUUAGACGAUUCAUUUAUGGUUGUCCAUGGUGGUUUAUUUGGUAGAGACGGUGUUACAUUAGACGACAUUAGAAAAAUCAAUAGACAUUCUCCAGAAGGUGUCGAUAACGAUUUGGUUCAAUGUCUUUUAUGGUCUGACCCACAAUCAAACCCAGGCGUUGCCCCAAGUUCAAGAGGUGUUGGUGUUUACUUUGGUCCAGAUGUAACCAGAAAAUUCUUAAAACAAAAUAACCUCUGUACUAUUAUUAGAUCCCAUGAAGUUAAAGAAAAAGGUUAUCAAGUUGAUAACGAUGGCUCUUUGAUUACCGUAUUCUCUGCUCCAAACUACUGUGAUCAAAGUGGUAAUCUUGGUUCAUUCCUUAACUUUACCGAAGAUACUGUUAAAAUUACCACUUUCAAAGCUGUAGAACAUCCCAAUGUACCACCAAUGCACUACGCAAAAAAAUAUUUCUAAGGGAAUCAUCUGGUGACAAAUUAAAACGAAUAAAAAAACAUAUUAAUUUAAC